UCCAAUUUUAUGAUUGCAAAAAUUUCUCAAUGUCUUUUACAUGGUGCCAAAUUUAAUCAUUCAUUUUUUACAUUUACUAUUCUAUAAUUUAAAAAAUAAAUUGUUUUGUCCGUGCAUCUUCUAGGAUUUGUAUAUUUUUGGUAAAACAAGACAGAUUCAAACCUUCAAUUUUUUUAUUAAAUUACUAAUUAAAUCUUCAAACUUUUUAUAAAUGAUGAAAAACAACCGAUAAUUCUUUAUGGAAAAUAUCAAAUUAUUCAUGUAUUUAUCGUAUGUUAGGUUAUAUCAUAGGUCAUAUCAUAUAUUCAUCACAGAGUGAUGAAAGUUAUCAAAAAUGGCUCUUUUCGUUAUAAAAAUCUGUUUUUUCAAUAUAAUUUUGAAAUAUCAGGGUAAAUAAUAUGAAAAUUAUAUAAAAAUUAAAUUUGAAGUGAUAAAGUAUAGAGAUAAAAAAUUUCAUUCUUCAUUUUCGAUAUAUUUUGGCCUAAUUAAACUAAAUCCGCUGUUAAAUCGCGCCACGGAAAUCGUACUCUCCUCAAAAUUUAUAUCUAAUAAAUGCGUUUUAACUUUUAGACCAUGCAGAACUUAUUAUUAAGAAUAACUUUUUUUCAUAAACCUACUAAUAAAAAAAGUUUUCCAUAUAAUUCCAAUUUAAGUAGACACACUGUAUAUUAUAUUCGCAUAUCGGCUAUUUAAAUCUAUUUGAAGUGAAGAUGAAGUGAUUCGUCCUCAGUUUUACGUACUUAUUCUAUCCGGAUAAAAAAAAUGACUGCAUCAAGUCAUAAAGAUUUCCGUUGUUGUUAAAUGUGACAUUAAAAAUUAUAUUGUCAAAAUCACCGUUUUAAAAUGGAAGAUAUAAUAAGUUAUUUUGGAAAAUUAAUCUCAAAUACAAUCAUGGUUCACAUUUAUUCCUAUCCACAUUUCUCCAUAGAAAUACUUUUGGCCAUAAUGUUAUGCGUAUGUCACAUACUCCUUUUCUUCGAAGUCAACGAUAUAUUCCAUACAACAAACAUCAAAGCGAUGAUGAAACUCAAAUCAAAGCAUCCCCAUUUGACCGAAACCGCCGAUUCGGACUCCUUUUAUUCUAGUUCAAGAGUGCAGGUAAUUCCUCAGAGAAUUGAAACAACUAUGAGAAAAUCUUACUUUGUCCCGACGUGCAGAAAAGUAGGUAGGAAGAGGAGCACCAAAUCAAAUUUGGGAUGGGUAAUACCCCGGAAGGUAUCGUCACUACUUCCUCAUACUUUCAGUGAUAGAGUGGAUUAUCUUUUAUCUAUCACACCUAGCGAGUAUAUAAGGAAAUAUAAAGAAAGAAAAAAUCGAGAAGCUGGAUUAAAAUCUUGCAUACAAUCGCUGAGUACGUUACUUGAAAGUGCUGUCAGUGGCGAGAGUAACGAAAUGAGAAAAAUAUCCCGAGAAACUCUAAGAAAAAGUAUAAACCACAUCAAGGAAACUUUCGAGAGUCAAAUUUUAGGUGAUCCUAAAACUAAAUAUCUUGAUAUUGAUCAAAAUAGCUUGCACAGUCUCAUGAGUAAAGCUUAUAAUAAUAAAUCGAUUAAAGCAACGGCACACGUUGUAACUUUCAACGUAGAAGAAGAUGAGAAGGAAGAGAAAGAUGAAGUAGACGAAAAGGGAGAUUUAGAACGUAUUUCUGAAGAUACCGUCGAUAAGAUGUCCGUUUAUAGUGAGUAUUCCGAUAGGAGCAUAGAAAUUCUGCCAGAUGACAAUCAGCUGUUAGUAAAUUUAUAAAUAUUGUUGUACUACUUUCGAAAAUUUCAUGUAAACUGUCUCCAUUUAUACGUAAAUUUAAGUGACUUUCAAAUAACAAAAUAUCUUGUAUUUAUAUAAAAUAAAAUUCAAAUGUGGAAAAGUAA